AUGGGGGCCUUUCAAAACCGUAAAUUCCGUUCCGCCGCAGACUCGCACACACUCGGGUCGCGAUACAGAGCGAUGAUGGCGCGGCGGCCCUUCCUGCUGUUUGGCCUACCCUUCCUGACCGUCAUCGUGGGCGCUUCCUUUGUCCUCACGCCGGCGACGGCGAUCCGAUACGAGCGUCACGAUCGCAAGGUCCGCCAGAUGUCGCGUGAGGAGGAGCUUGGUGUCGGCCGAGCCGGUCGCAAAGUUGAUAUCCGGGAGGAAUAUUAUAGACUGUCUGCCAAGGACACCGACAACUGGGAGCAGAAGCGGGUGAAGAGGCUAAAGGGAGAGAGCGACGGCAUUCUUUGA